AUGGAGCCUGUCCCCGCCAUUAAGCCUCCAACCGAGAUCGAGGAGGUAGCCACGGGCUCCAAUGCCAGCAAGUUUGCCUGCAAGCACGACAUCGCGAUGCUCCGCACCGUCAAUUUGCUCGAGCCUUGGGCGGCGGCCCACGGUGCGGUGAUGUCCACGUGGGACGCGAUCGCCGAGUCGCUCGCCGACGCCAGCGACUUUGGCCUCAAGAACAAGAAGGGCCCAGCGCUCAAGACGCGCUUCGAGAUCAUCAUGAACAGGUUCAAGAAGAGCGAAUUCCAGAGCCUACGCAAGUCCGGGACGGUCGAGGAGUACGAAGAACGCGAGCAACUCCUUACAGACAUCAAGGCCCGCAUGGACGACCACACGGCGAACGGGACCGUCCGCAAGGACGCCGAGAAGAAGAAGCAAGAAGACCUUUUGAUGCGUCGACUUAAUAUGGCUCCCCUAGCGCCACCAAGAGCGGAAAUGACGGCCGACUCGGAUGCUUCAGCUUCGUCGUCCGUGACCGCUGAGGCGGCGUCGGAGUCAUCGGAAGGCCCCGCGGCCACUGGUGAGGCAUCAACACCCUCACCCAAGCGGUUGAAGAAGACCAUCGCGAAGGACGACGACAUCACAGGUCUCAUGACUGCGAUCCAGUCGGACAUCAGCGAGAGGCGCUCACGCGACGAGGCCAGCUCAAAGCAAGCGCAAGCAGAACUCCAAUUGCAACGCGAUCGAUUGGAUCACGACAGCACGCUUGCGCGGACGCUGGCGGAACAAAAUGCGCAGACCCAGCAGAUUAUCAUGGCUCUUCUCCAGCAGCUUGCGGAUGCCAGCUCGAAGCGAGCGCAGGAAGAACUCCAAUUGCAACGCGAGCGUCUGGAUCACGACCGCGCGGUCGUGCGGACGCUGGCGGAACAAAAUGCGCAGAACCAGCAGAUUAUCAUGGCUCUUCUCCAGCAGCUUGCGGAUAAGUAA